AUGGCCAUGCGGUCCGUGGGGCCUGAACAGGCAGCACCUAGACCCAAGAAGCGACGUAUCCCCAUGCCACAGCAGCGGCCACUCCCCACCACGUCAAAGUUGACUCUCGGAGAAACUGGCGGCUUAUUUGACGAUCACACACGUUCCCAAUACGUUGUGGAUUUAAGCCCGGCAGCAAGUCAUAAUGGCAACAUCCUGUAUAAUUCUACCAAAGUGACUGCAAAUAACGAAAGACCGAGAAGACCCAGCGACCCUUUCACCAUCGCCAUCAUCUGCGCCUUGCGUUGCGAACUCGAGGCUGUUAUAGAAGUUCUCGAUAGUCCCCCAAUCUUCGAGCCGCACGACGGGGAAGACUAUGCUUUCCUAUCUGUGCGUCUGGCUAGCCGCAGGGUAUUACUUCUGGCACCUCCUAACAUUGGUGUUCUUGAUACUGCACUUGCUGUACAGCACUUAAAAAACAAAUUCGGGAAGAUAGAACUAGUCCUUCUUGUUGGAAUCUAUGGUGCUAUAGCUAUACCUGGUAAAGAUUCCCAAUCUAUAUUCUUUAGUAACAUUAUUAUCAGCGACUUAAUCACUAAAUACAUCCACGCAGCUGGAAUGCACCUGCAAGGCGUCAAAUAG